CCUCUCUCUCGCUCUUCAAUUGCUCGCUCUUUCGCUCCCCGUAGUCGUCUGUUCCUCAUACAGUCAUCCUGCCAUCAUGCGCGAGCCAUGAAGACAGUCUGGCGCUGAGGACAAAAAGGUUGCAUUGGACCGGAGAUUUCGCUUUCAUGUCCCCGGUUGGACUUGUUCGACCUACCUCUCCUUUUUAAUUUGUCCCGUGGUGUCUUGAGCGCAAAUCACCAUGGAUUUGUCAUUUAUGGCUGCGCAGAUCCCCGUCAUGACGGGCGCCUUCAUGGACUCAUCGCCCAACGACGACUACAGCACUGACCACUCACUCUUCAACUCGUCAGCGAGCGUCCACGCCGCCGCCAUGACUACCCACAACCAGCCGGAGGAACAGCAGCAGCCCAUGUCGCGCGAUGCCAUCUGGCUCUGGAUUGCCAUCACCGCCACCAUCGGCAACAUCGUGGUGGUCGGUGUGGUCUAUGCCUUCACCUUCUGAGGUCUGGACCGAUAAGGGACAGACGGAUGUAUGGAGUGCCUGUUGGACUGCGUACGGGAGAAGAGUGAUGAGAAGCCAGAGAAAUUAGCUGCCAAGAACAUGGAUGGGAAACCCCAAUGAAGGCACUUUUUUCCCCCAUUUCCCCCAUGUUUUUUCUUUAGUUGUGUAUUUCACAAAUCACAAGUAUUUAUAGAUUAAUUUCACCUUCUUCUCCAUUUUUGUUUGGUUCUUUUCUUUACUACAAAAAAAUCCAACAGGUUGGAGAAAAUGUUUUGCAACAUUGCAAAGGACUCACUCAAAAGAGACUGGGCAUAGGCUACUCCCCAGUGUGAGUUGAUCUCAAAAACCUAAAUGAAUGAUCAAAAUCGGACAAAAACUACUGCCAAAGGUUUAGGCUGUUAAGCAUUUUUUCCUCGCUCUUACUUUGCCUUUGUGUUAGUUGAGCAACAUGUACUGUACUACCAUAAGCUUUAAAUGUACUCAGUGUUGGUAUAUAGAACCUACCUUUACCAAGUGCAGUCCUGUACAGUCAACUGUAAAUUAUUGUCGCUGUUUAUUAUUGUACAGAUCUGAACAUCUUAACACUGCCUUGUAAUCAACAGUGGCUCUUGGUGUCGGUGUCAUAGGUAAAUAUUAAGUUGGCAACAAUCAUGGAGUUGGGAUUGGGGCUGUAAAGAGUCACAAAUAUCUUAACUAAAGGACCAAUCGUGCAAGAAGCACCACUGCAUGUUACGCCAACAUCCACAAACUCACAGGUGAGCUCAGUUCUGCUUUGCGAAGACUCCGAACUCUCUGGAAGAGGCUGGGCAGUGUGAGGAUGACGGUGUGUCUUAGUAAGUCCAUCUCUCUUAUCGCAUUGAUUGCUAAAGACAAUCUGUUGCCUGCAGUUCUCUCCGAUGCCAACUUUUGCCACUCUGUCUCUUCCGAAAUGACAAAAGGGAUAUAUUCUCAAUUUGAUCACAGCAACUGAGAACAUUUAAAUUCCCAGACAAUCUGGCCCACCACGGCCUUAUGUAUUCUUAAUAAAUACUAAAUCUGAUUGGUAAGGGCUGUGAAGGUAGAUUAAUUUUGACGCAGUCUCAAAUUGCAGUGACAAUCUUUCUGAUUUCAGAAAAAAAGGUUGUCUGGGAUCUGCCAACAUUAAUCGCGAGAAGUCAGUUUGACUGUGGGCUGCGAUAUAGCUGUGCAGAAAGAAAUGAUUAUGAAGUGGACAAAAGCCUCUUCAUUGUUGUAUUUGGCCAACUGCAGCUCGACAAAACAAGAGCCUGCCUGCUCUUAAUGAGCUCUGGAUAAGAGGCUGCCGUUGCCAUGGUGACCCGUCUAUCCUGUCCCCCUUCCUUCAAAACACAGAGGAUUUGGUACCCAUUUACGGCCCCUUUUCUGCAAAACACACCAUGCAACUUGAACACUGGCAAACUUCCCCCAUGCCAAGAUAUGAUGGAGUACUCUUAUUUGCAGUGCAACGACAACAAAGCUCUUCUCUAGCGCAGCACAGACAGGCCUAACUGUUUCCUUAGCUAUGGCUCGUUUUUCUCUCAAGAGAAAUAACCAUCCUCAUGAGUCACCUCAGUUAACCUGACUCUCGCCAGAUGAAUUUCGUUCCGCCUAGCUCCACUCACAUCCAUCAGGGAUCGCUUCCGUUAGGAGUGAUUUCAGCACCAGAUUUUAUGGUAGAGCCAAUCGGGACGCAGGGCGGAAGUUUCAUAGAUGUGACGUAGUGGAGAAGCGACUGUGAGACUGUUCUGAUUCAGACAAUGGCUCGCAUCGAGGAAGCAAGCGUCAUCAGCGUCACGGGUUGGCUUCGAUGUGAGUGGUUGAAGUAUCACGUCAAUAAAGAUGAUGGACAAGUGGCUUAUCCAAUCAUAUGCCCAGCAUUCUGAAACACCUCUCCAAUGGAGCGAUCCCAGAUGGAUGUGUGGAGCUAGGCGGAACGAAAUUCAUCUGGCGAGAGUCAUGUUAGUACUCAGUACCCAGUACCCGGAACAAGGAAGCAGCUUUAUUUACAUUCUAAACUGACACCUUCAUAUUUUACCUUUGCUGGAACACCCCUCCACCACACACACACACUGCCAACUACUUGCCUGGCAUUAGGUCCUGGCAGUAGCAUCAGUGAAAGCAUUAGGGUAAGAUGGGGUGUUGUAAUUCCCUUGAGAUGUGUGUGUGUGGGGGAGGUUGGCUAAUAAAGUGUCUGUAAAUCUCAGACACUCCCUCGAGUGUGAGGGAGAGGUCAAGCCAAGCUUGCUAACAAAAAUCGUCAGCCGUUAGUGGAUAGCCACACAUCCCAGCCACCAGCGCCUGCAUCUGUGACAGUUGCUUAACGAUCCAUUUCUGGGUGGCAUUUCUGGAAGACCCUUUUUUUCUGAAAGUUUUAAUUUACGAGGCAAUCCUUAAACACACACACAUCUGCUGCCUGUUUUCUUACCGGGGUGGGUUUUCUAUUGAUCUUAAUUGAUUGGUCAUCUUUUUUACCCCCUCUCUCCUGUGACGGAUGACUCAUGGGUUAGAUGGAGGUGAAGAGGCGGCCAAGCAAGGGGAGAGAUUUCUUAAUUCCGUUGUGCUGCAUUUGAUUUACACUAAGUGGUGGAGAAAGGGAAAGCAGCAUCUAAACUGUUCAAGGGUGACAUUGAGAACGCAAUGGUAAAAGUGAUGGCAUCUCUGUGUGUAUUACACCUGAGAUCCUGACAUGUUCACUGAACACUGAUGUUGUAAAUUUGGCCUCCCCCUGAGGAUACAAGCCUGACAGGCAGUAAAAAAGACCUAAUAAAUUCAUGGAUGUGUCCAAACCAACAUUGUGUUGUAGGCAGUAUUUCUACACUGAAAGUGUUGCUCAACCAAAUCUACAGCAUCAUUCACGUGUCUUCUCUGAGUUUAACGUGGUAAACUGCAAUGGUAUCUGCUUAGAAACUGUACAGAUUUCUAUACAUAUAUAUUUUGUGUAGGCUCUUCAUAUCCUGAACAGAGAGCUUCUGUAUAUUGAUGUGGGUGAAUAGUCUUUACAGAGAAUUCUAAUGUCUACAUAUGGUGGUAGACAGUCACAUUGUACCUCACUUGCACACAGAUAUGUUUUUUUUUUUGUACAAAUAUAUUAAAAAUGUCCUCAUUAAAUGUCA